AUGGCAGAGCAACCCGCUUCACGCAUCCAGUCCUUCCUCCAGCGCACGACCGACCGCCUCCCUCCGCUCUCCCAACUCCCACACCUCGCACGCUCCACCGCUCCCCGCCUCGACCCACGCCAGUUACCCGAGACGCUCCCGCUCCAACUGACCAUCAAGGCCCUCUCAGGCGUGCGCAACGACACCCAGUCGCUCGCGAGGGAGACGCAGGCGUAUUCGAAGCAGCUGUAUGUGUGGACAAAGGAGGAGGAGGAUGAGCGAGUUAGGGUCGGAGGGGACAGGGCGGCUUGGUGUGUGUGGAAAGCGGGCGAGUGUGAGAAAGAGUGCGCGGAGAGGAUCGAGCAGGCGAGGGUGGUGUUGAAGGACAUUCGCAACUUUGAGAACGACCUCGUCCCGCGCCGCCGUGCCCACUCGGCUCUCACCUCGAAACUCGCCUCGACUUCGAAAGAGCUCUCCUCUCUCUCCCCCUCUUCCUCGCCCUCGACGCGUCAAAAGCUCACCGACUCUGCUUCGAUACUCGAAUCCGACCUCGCUACGCUCACGGCCGAAAACAGAGAAUACGAGCAGUCCCUCGCCCUACUCAAGAGGGAGAAGUUGAGCCAGAGUUUGGUCGGGCAGUUUGAGGCCAUGAGAGAGUUGGGGGAGAAGCUGGCGAUGGUUGGCAAGUGGGGGGAGGCCCUGGCGCGUGAGAUGGGCCGCGAAGAGGAACAAGGAAUGGAGGAGAUCGCGGCGAGGGUCAAGGCAGGGCUGGAGGAGGAGCUGCGUAGGUGGACGAAGGGGGAGGUGCCGGUCCUCGGUGCGGGUGCGUCCGCGAAGGACGACACAGCGAGCUUGUUGAGCAGGAGCGACACGAAGAGUUUCGGCGACUCUCACGCCGCCGAACUCUCCUCCCUCCACACUCCAAACCCGUUCGCCGACCUGCCGCCUUCCAGCUCCUCUCACGCACCCGCUCUUCCUCCUCGUCCCUCCUCGCCCUCAUCCAUCUCGACCUCCAACACCGCCGCAAUCGCACACGCUACUCUCGGCGGCUCCUCCUCUCCCACUACCUUGAAGUCUGGAGGGUUGGCGCAUCCCCCGCUGCUCGCAACGCUUCACUCGCAGGCAGUACUGGAGACUUCCCCGUCCUCCAUCCCUCCUCCGCUUCCCGCUCGUCCCUCUUCCUCCUCUCCUCCUCCCCCAUCAGGAGCCCUAGGACGCUUGAACCUCUCUCCGACCCCUCACCCACACCCCUCACUCGGCUCUUCCCCUCCUACUCUCAAGCCCCAGCCCGUCCCGCCUCCCACGGAUGGACCGCUCCUUGCGCCAGGGUUGCAAGACCCAACGGUGGCGGAGACUGGAGAACCGAGGAUGGGAACGGGUGGGCCAAGUGAGGGGGUGUUGAGGCCGAGGUGGAGCACUGGAGGGGGAGGAGGGUCGAUGCCAGGCGCUUUUCAUCACGAGGCGGAUGCGGACCCGGCGCAUUGGGGCGACGCCGAAGGAGGGGAGAGGUUACCCUCGUAUGGGGAGGGAGAUGAUGAGGCUGCGAGAGCGCGGGACAGGGCGGAGGAGAUUUUGGUGAGGGAGAGGGAGGGGAAGCGUGCGUAG